AUGAACAAAGACUCAUCAUAUGCAGGUCAGAACUAUGAAAUUGACUGGUUCGAUUUCGAGACUAGAAUGCGCAAAAUGAUUCAUGAAAUGAUAGAACCCACAGUCAGAAAGGUCAACGAGGACAGAGAUAAAUUAUUCAAGAUAAGAAACGAUCAAGAUGCUUAGAAGAGAAAGAUUGAGGAUUUGGAAUUCGCUGUAAUCAAAACUGAUAACAAGACAAAUGUUUUUGAGGAUAUAUUUAGAAACCUUGCUAGACUGGUAAAUUCAACUUUCCAUAUUAAUUUAUAGGAAACUGAUAUCAAAGUAGAGCAAAAUAGGGUUGAUAAUGAGUUCGAUAGACUGCAAAUUCAAAGUGACAAUAUUCACUUUGAGAUAAAGAAUCAAAAUCAGCAAUGGCAGACUCUUAAUAGUUAUGUAGAGAGAAUUCACAGUGAGGUGCAGAUAUUUAAUCAGACUUUCAUCGGUUAUAAGGAGAAAAAUAUAGAGUCGAUAGCAGGAUUGCAGCAGGAUUUUACUGAUUAGCUUGAUCGCUUCAGCAAAAACAUAAUCGAUAUGGGAAUGGACAUUUCCAGAAUAGAGACGUUAGUAAAGCAUCAUGGAAACCUACUCACUAAACUUGACUCAAUGUGCUAUGCCUAGGUUUAGAGAACUUAGGAUUUGUAGAGCGAACUGACCGACACUAAAUCAAAUUUCGUAACACAAGUCAUCUACAAAAAAGAGAUGGAAGAGGUUGAAAAGAGAUUUGACAGAAUGAUCAUUUAACUUGAAGAUCAGAUUAAUUAAAACUUGGGACUGCAUAAUUUCGUGGAAAAGUAUUUGCCAAUUAGGACACAGCAAAUGAUAUCAGAGACAAUGAAUGCAGUUUGUGAUAACGACACCAAGAAGAAACUCUAUGAUUUUGAUAAAAAUAAGUAUCAAGAAUUCAACGUCACCAUUCUAAAGGAUAAUGGAAAGCAUCAAUUGCAAAAGGAGAUAGAGAAGAUCAACUAAUAGGUGCAGGAAACAGUUAUUGGAAUAAAAAAGCCAGUGUUCUUGGUAAAGGAUAAUAAGAAGCCAGAUCGAGCCUCUGAAACUAAACUCAAUGAAGUAGCCCCUAAUGAAACUGGCUAUGUUUCAGUGCUGUAAAGGAAAUAGCUAGGAUUAUAAAAGCAAGAUUCUGGAAAUAAAAAUAAAAGUGGUGGUAUGUUUUCUGCUGUUGGAAGCAACUCACUUUCAAGAAGAGUGACUGAUGGAGGUAGCGAGAAGAAAAUAUGGGGGGGAGCUUUAAAAACUCAAUAGAUAAUAGAAGAUGAAAAGGAUGAUGAGGAUUAUUUUGGAACCUAAGAAGUUAAAAGUAUCAGGGAUAGAAGUAGAAUAGAUAGAUCUGCCUAGAAGCCAUCUGCUCGUCAAAAUCUUAGUUCAUAAAGAUCAAACAAAUCAAUAAGAUAGAAUUAACCUUCAGGACUAGGGAUGAAGAGUGGGGAUUCAAGUAACAAAAAUAGGAAAGUUAGAAAAGAUAGUGAAUCUAGAUCGCCGAAGAAAAUCGAUAGUUAGAUGAUUGUUGGGUCAUAAGACUUCAAUUCUCUAGUUUAGAACUCAAAUUAGUCCUCGUCAAACACACUGCAUCCAGGAAAUUUGAGUAAUGGAAUUCAAGGCUCACAGCAGGACUUAUAGUCAUAGGCUAUCAAUGUGGCUCAUGACUCAGUCAUUGAGAGAACUGAUGAAGACGAUAAUCUAAGCAGCUAUCCAGAAGAAUAAUAUAAUGGUAUGCAUAAUGCAAUAUCUAACGAGAGACUUGAAGAAUUUUAACAAGAAAUGAAUAAAAUCAAAGAAGAUCUUGAAAUCCAAAUGAAAAAAAUAACUUAUCAAAUGAGUAACAACAGUACUCAAAACUACAUUGAACAGGAAAAUAUCAAGAAAAAUCUUUACUCCGUCGAAAAUCAACUGCAGCAAUAGAUAUCUCAAAUUCAAAUCGAGUUAGAGUAAUUCUUAAGAGCUAGGAAGAGAGAUAAAUCUGAUUAGAAUGUUCUUCUAGACUCACUUACAUCUAAAAUUGAUGGGUGUGCCUCAUAACUGGCUGGCAAUAAGCAAGCAAUUAGUAAUCUCUCAACAUUGGUUGUGCUGUUUCUUGAGGUAAUAUAGAUGUAAGUAUGUACCGAGGAGCAGGAUGAGAGUGACAGAAGUUCGAUUGCACUUCUAGGCUAUAGAGAUAAUACUUAGGAUAAUGUUUAGAAAAACAAGCAUUCCUUCUAGAGUAAUAACUUCAAUCAUAUUAAUGAAGGACAAAACACUCAACAGAAUUUAGGGUUUCCAAUGCCAUAGCAAAACUCAAAAAAAAGAAGUACUUCUAAUGUUAAUGGAGUAGGCAAUGAAAGAUAAAAUACAUCUCAUAGUAUUCUAUUAAGCAAUAAUAUCGAUGACUCAUUACUCUAUAAUGGCCCAACUAAAUUCCUUUCAGAUGGGAAUGAGAAGAACUAUACAAGUACAGUUCAAAAGAAAAAUGUAAUGGCUCUAGAUCCAAAAUGCAUAUCUUGCUCAGGCUAAGGAUCAUCAUUGAUUUCAACUUUUAAGUUAGCCUGUUUGGCUUAUGCUCCGUCUCCAGUUAUUUUUAGAAAGCAUGGCCUUACUACAAAGAAGCUAUUUGAUGAUACCUAUUUGUAUUUUAUGGGUAUUCAUUAGAGAAAGCAGACAUCCUCCCUUGAUCAUUCAAAUUUAGCACCAUCAAUUUAGGAAAUAGCUCAAGCAACUUUUGACUAUAUGACUUCAAAUUCCAGAUAACCAGGAGGAGCAGCAAUAACCGCAUACAAAUCCCCACUUAGUGUGAUUGAUUAUGAUUUGAGAGAAGACUUAUACUCUCCUAAUAGAUUUAGUGGAGGCAAUGGAGUAAUAGGAAGCAUAAAUAUGGUCACAAAUUCUGGUAGGAAAAGCAACAUUAGCAAGUAUGUAAACAAAAAGAAUAACGAUUCAGUUGAUAGACAAACAAACACUAGUCACAAGGACACUUUAAGACAGAGUAGUAUCUAUGAAAGCAUUACUGAUGAUCUUGAAUAGCCUGACUAAGCAUCAAGAACUAUUUAUGCUGGCAAUGGUGGUACUACUUCUUCAAUGAGUGGAACAGGCCAAAAUUACUUCUAAAAGUAGAAAAUGUCUGCUAAGUUUUCAAGAGAUGCAGCAAAUUUGGCAUAGUAAAAAAUAACUACUUCAGUUGGUCAGAGUAAUUUAACUUCACCUAGAGAUGGUCCACUGGUUGCUAAAAAAGCUAAUAUUUCACAAACACCAGCACUUAAGAAUGUGAAUUUUAAUAAUUUACCUCCAUUAACAGAGGGGAAAAAUAAGAUGAUUUGA